UUAAAUGGUGUAAAAGUGUGUAGAAUAGAUGAUGACGCAAAAUCUUUUUUUCAUAAUAUAUUUACUAUAGUUUACUUAAUAAAUCAUUUCAUUUUUAUUAAAUUUAAAGUGAAAAGAAAUUUAUCUGAUUUCAUAUUUUAGUGCAGUUUAGUAGUGCUCUAAGUCCCCUUUUUGUGCUAGAUUGAUCAUGGCUCGUUUCUUAUUGCUAUUUUGUUUAAUGUUUAUUUUUGAGAAAGCCGUAUCGGGAAUAAAACUAACUAUUGUAAGUGACGGUCCAGCUGUACGUGGCUCCAAUGUAACAUUUACAGCAACUGUGAAAGAUUAUGAGGGAGAGAGUCUCAAAUUUGUUUUCUGGGAUGAUGCACAGCCCCAACAUACUGCUGAGUUCAUUGAGUCAGCAAAUACUUCCAAGUGGGUAGUUGAGUAUCCUCGAGACCUUUACGAGCCUGGAGAUUAUACUGUCAAAGUAAACCUUAUGAGGAGCUUUUAUGGGAUAUGGUAUUUGGUUACAACAUCCAGUACAUCAUUCAAAUUAACAGAUUCAUUAAACGGUAAUUUAGUACUUAACCAGAACGACGUGGACAGACCUAAUAAGUUUGUCGCUGUCAAUAAAACUGUACAUCAUUACAUUAAAUUGCCUGAAAAUGAGAUACAAUUUCUUAAGAAGAAUGCUUCAACGGUCAUCACUUACUGGUUCAUCGAUUGCCAGUAUAUUGAUCAAACUGCAGAUUUUUCACUGAAUUAUACAUACCAGGAUGUUAUGAGUGAUCAUUACAUUGAUGCAUUGGUUGUUGCGAAUAACCAACCACUGCCACCAAUUACUACAACCACCACAACCACAACGACGACAACUACUACGACAACAACGACAACAACAACUACUACGACUACCACAACAACAACUCCUAAACCAGCAACUUUAAUACCAUCAAGCACAACACCUCCUACUACUAUUAAAGAUAGUGUGGCAAGUGGAAAUGUUACACAUAAAUUGUAUAAGAGAGCGCUGUCGAACAAAACCACGAAAAAGAAGAGCGCUAUAAAAGAUUUCAUAUGCCAUAAUUCGAGCAUCGUACCAAUUGGAGAUACGUACACAUAUGGCCACUAUCAAGAAACUAUCAGCGUCAGAGAAUCCAUAUCUGUAGUCAAUAUUACUGGAUUGAACUGGCUGCAGCAUGGCGACUUGCUUAAUUUACAAGUGAAGUACACAGGCUCUCCUCCAUUCGACUAUUGCGCUAUAUACAAGCUGGGACAGUACAAUGUAACGGGAAACGAGACCUGUUCUUACAACACAAGGACGUCGUCGAACGCCUUCCCAUUAGUUCAUUACUUCUCUGAUAGCGACCAGCAUACUGUUGUCGUUGUGAUUGAGAACGAUUUGGGUAAAAUAGUCUCGAGGGCAACCAUCAAUAUCUAUAAAGCUUCGGUGCAUGCUCAGCUGUCGGUGAUAGUGGUGCCGGUGGUGUUCUGUCUGGUUGCUGUUAUUUUGGUAGUCUUCGGCAUCGCGUACUAUCAACAUCGGUCUAGAUAUACAGUUGAAGUGGCUGAUUUCGAUUUCGGACAGCAGGUCAAUCUAGACUACAAAACAUUCACCGAGCGUCUCAGAGCCAGCUUUCGAAACGCGUUGAACUUUAGACAACGCGACGAUACGGAACCACUAACAUCAGAUACGAGAUACGACUCGAUGACAUAAGAGUGAGUAUUGUAUGAAUGGUAUUGUACAUAUAAGGGUUAAAUUUCACGUGAAACCUUUUGAAUUUAACCGACCAAUCAAUUUCGACAAUUCAAAUUUAGAUCUUUAUUCGUCGAGUCCAAUUCGCCAAAAUGAUAUUGUAUAUGAAAUUGUUUUUGUUUACAAAAGUGAUUUGUUAAUUAAAAUUGUAUAUUUUUGUUUAUUGAUUAUAUUAAUUGUGCGGUGUUAUUUAACCUUAGUCGAUGAUUAGUCGGUUAAUCAAAUAGGUUCAGGAGUUCAAGAUAAUAUUUCCACUUUCCACAUUUGCUCAGAAAUGGACUUAUAUUUGGCACUUCUUAUUAGACGUUCGUUGUUUAUUUUAUUUUUUGCGUUAUAUUUAUAUUUAUAUUAAAAAAAUCAUUCCAUUACGACUAUAUGUGAUUGCAAUUUGUAAAGAUAAAUUAUCGCACGAUGAAAAACUUAAUUCAGUAUAUUGUUAUAGUUCCUAACCCUAGUGCUAGAGUUUUUAGGAGUAGUUUCAAAAUAAUACACUAGUAUUGACUUAAAGCGAUUGCGAUUAAUAACGACGUCGGUAAUUUAAAAAUUAAUUUAAAUUAUAAAAUAAAUAAGCCUUAACUGUAUAAAUUUUUUCGAUAAAAUACCAGUUUACGAAAAUAUCUAAAUCGAAAUUUUAGUUCCAUCACUAUUUAUAGUUUUUGUAAUUGUUAUUUAUAUCAAAUAUGAUCAUGUGUUGUUUUUUUCAUUAAUAUAUAUGUGAACCGCUCUUAUAUAUAAUUUUUUACCGCAUUUUAUUUUAUUUAAAUAUUAUUAUUGCAGUUUAUAUAAUUUGGUAAUAUAUUUAUGUGUAUUAAUAAAAUUUAAUGCGUAAAAGAUUAUUAUUUAUGAUAACACGUAUUAUUAUAGUGGGGUUACAUAUACAGACACUAUAAAUAAUACACUAAUAAAGAAAUUAUUUUUUCAUAAACAGAUGAUUGUAUUUAUGACGUAGCGAGCAACGGACUUAUUGCAAUUCGCCAAUUAAAAAAACGAUAUUUUUAACUGAUUUCAUAUUAAUCACGAUUGCUACAGAACCACGAUCGUGACGAAAUAUACUUUUGUAUUUGAAUGUUCAAAGCAUUUAACAAUUAAUGAUAUACAUGUAAUAUUAACUAUAGACAAAUAAAGGAUUUAUUAUCUGUCCUUUUCUGUUGGUAAACGCAGCAGCUGGCUCGCUCUAUAGCUUUGUCUCUCUCACACGUUAAUAUAUUAAUUUUUAAAAGCUAUUGGUACGUUCAAUUCUAUUUUUUUUUUGUCUUUGAGUCUAACUUAUUCGAUGGUAGGUUGUCUUUCAGUUGAUUGUGACAGUUCAAUUCUCGGUCUUGAUUGUCGAUUAAGAGAAUGACAAUUAGCGAGAAGUUGUAAACAAAUUAUUGUCGUCAUGGUAAAAGAAAAGGCCAAAUUUAGUUUAUAUAAUUGCGGUUUUUUUUGUAAAAAUAAUGUAAUAUUGGUAAUCAAAUAGGAAUUAUUAUCUGUCCUUGUAAAUGAAAUAAAAAAAGAACUAUUCAUAAGAAAUACGUUUUGUAAUUUUCAUAAUUAAAUCAAGCUUUAUUGUAGGUAUUAUAUAAAUAAGCUUUAUAUUAUAGACUGAUAUAUGCUGGCAUAUGUACGCAUUACUAUAAUAUUUUUUUUAGGUAUGUAACUUUGACAUAGGUUAAAAACGAGUUAUAAAAAAAAAAAAAACAUUCUAACGUGCAACAAACAGACGUGAAAAUCUUUAGUUUUAAUCAUCUGUAUUUCAAAAUAUAAUUAAUAAUUAUUAUAAAAUGAUUAUCUGUGGUAAUUUUAUUGCCAAAUGCAUGCAAAAUUGAUUUCAAUUAAAAUUGUAUCGAUACUAUGAACAACACUUAUAUUCAAAUAUAAUUCUAAACGUCAUAUAAAUAAAGAUCAAAUAUGAUGUUACAAUAUAAUGUGUUAUUGUUGUUCACUGUAUUGAUGAAAUAUUAACAAAGUGAUCAGUCAUGUUUUGUGAUAUUAUAGGUUAAAUUAAAUAGAUUUACUUGUAUUUAUAUAUUAGUUCUAGAAUAUUAUGUAUAAACCAUGUAUCUGUAUUUUAGAAGCAAAGUACCUUGUAAACCUAUACAUAUAUUAUAUUCCCUUAUACUAUUUAUGAAUUAUCGGUGCCAUAUAAUUGUUAAAAAAAAAGAAAUGUAUCCCUCAUUCCAGAUUACUAAACUAUUUGAAUUUACGUUUACGCCUUUGUCGCUAUAUUUUGUUUAGUUUGUUUAGAAUGUUUGUCUUGCUCUUUCAAAUAUCAAAUUAAAUAUGACAGAAAGAGAAAUGAAUGUUUGACUAAACACACCCUAAAUAAUCUUUGUAAGAAAGGCCGUUACUGUCUAAAGGAGUUUGCGUAUUGAGUAUCCUCUAUUAUCAUAAAAGUUAGACUAAAACAUAAUACAAUACACUCGAUAAUAAUAAUAAAAAUAAACAUGCGUUACUUUGUAUAUGAGAAAUGAAAUUCGAGGAACUUUGUUUGGCUACUAGCCAUUGAAGAGUUUCACUAUUAAAAUCCUGGGUCCAGGAUCUUUGAAUCUGUUCGAUGAAACCAAAUGAUUUUGUUGUCAUAAUUCUAUAGUUUCGAAUCGAUAUAUUGAAUUACAUACAAUUGAAACUAAGAUAAAAUCUGUUGAAAUUAAUGCAAAACCGAGUCCAGACAUAAAAAACUAUACAAUAACGGAUGAAGUUUAUUUAUUUAUUUGCUAUAUAAAUAUUAUAUAAUAAAUUGUAAAAUAAAAAUUAUAUGUUAUCACUUGUUUUUAGAGUUUUUUUUAAUCUGUGUUAUAAAAAAAUAUUUUUUUGAAAAUUAUGUCUUUCUUUAAGUCACUAAUAUUAAAGAGUAUACGUUUUUUUAAUUUAAAUCUAGUCCUAACCUUAUAAUGUAUUGAAAAUUUGUAGAUAAAAGUUCUUAUAUAAAUAAUAAUUAAUAUAUAUUAUAAGACGUAUUAUCAACUGUUUACACCUUUGCCCUUAUUAUC